UUCAAAAGUUAUUCAAGGUCAAAGUUAAAUUCAUUAUCAAUUUAGCCGUUUUUCUGAAUGAUUUGGCAAAAAUAUUGUUUUUAGAAAAAAUGUUCCCCAAAUAUUUUAUAAAAUACUAAUUAGACUUCUGAGGAUUGUUAACCAAUAUUUUUCGCUGUAUGAUAAAGAUGGACGAAGUACUUAAAACAAUUUAUCAAUGACAGUUAGCUCUAUAGAUAUUGGUAAUCAGUUAUUUUAAAAUUGUCAUUUCAAAAUCGAUAAUCAGAUGGCGCUGAGUGUAAAUGUCAUCAUUUCAUUAGAUUAAUUGAUUGUUUUGACAUUUCUAUUUAAUAGACGUCUUGUUUACAUAAGUUGUGGAAACUCGUGAGCAAUUAGUGAAUAUUUAUAAUUUUCAAGUUUAAAUUUUCUUUGUGAAUUAUAUGAUAACAUUGAAAAAGACUAAAUUGAUCAAUAUUAUUGGUGAUCCAGUGGCGGAUUUUGUUGGACGUAAACUUCCCUUAAUAAAAGAGGUUAAUGCGGUAUUUUUUUAUCAUAAAAAUAUUCUCAAAAUAAAUUAUAGAGGAAGUCUUCAAAAAACAAUUGAUAAACUCGAAAAAAAGUGGUCUGAGGCUGGCAUCCCAACGUAUGAGAAAAAAUAUGCGUUAAAAAAAUUUGAAAAAAUAUUAGAAGAAGACAAAAAAUUACAAAAGUCUUCUCAACGAAAACGGUCUGCAAUACAGAAAAAAAAUGAAGCAAUUUUCCAUCAAAAAUUGGCAAAUUUAUUCGACAUUGCCAAAGUAAAUGUCGAAAAAUAUCUCACUGAUGAUAAAAAGUUGUUCUUAUCAGGUCAGCGAUCAAAAAGUAGAUUCGGUUUGAUUGAUAAUGUUGUUCAAUUGAGCUCAGCGGAAAAUACUGAAGAUGCUAUGGACGUAGAGCCUGUUGAUACAAACGAACCUGACGCUAAUGUGGCUCUAGCGAGUCAAAAAUCUUCAUUAUUUCAAUCUAACUUAUCAGCAACAACAUUGAGUCAUAUAUCUACUGAUGUAUCUGAUUUUGAAAGUCAACUUAGCCAACCGAAACAAACUCUAAAAUUGAAUGUAAUAACACCUGAACUCUAUGCUGCACUUGAUCGAUCAUAAGUGACUCACAGGAAUGCCAUUUUUAUUUUAUCUGCUGCGUACAAAAGUGUGGGAAUCAAUCUGUCAACUCUUAAUCUGAGUUACAGUACAAUUUAUCGAACGCGAAUUAAAUUUAGGUCAGAGAUUGCUAAGGAUCUGAAAUCUGAAUUUCACAAAGACGAUCGUUAUGUAGUGCAUUGGGACGGGAAAAUUCUCAGUGAUAUUGCAAGCACGAAAACUGUGGACCGU